AUGUCAGAUCCAUUUGGUGAAGAAAAUGUUGAAAUCACAGAAGAAUUUGUUGAAGGAGAUAUCAAUGAAAAUGAUUUAAUCGAUGGAAAUGUAGAAUAUGUUGAUGGUAAUGGUAUUUCAUUUGAAACCACAACAUUUGACAACUCAAACAACAACAAUAACAAUAAUAACCAUAACAAUAAUAGCUAUAAUAGUGGAUUCGAUGGUGAUUUAUCCUCAGUUGAUGGUGACAUGAAACCAAAAGAAACUGCACCAGCAAUGAGAGAAUAUUUGGAAAAACAUGAAAAAGAAAUGCAAGAAAAGAAAAAGAAAUCUGAAGAAAAACGUCAAAAAAAGAUUGCAGAAGCUAAACAAUCAUUAGAUAAUUUUUAUAGUGAACGUGAAGCAAAGAAAAAGACAGCAUUAAAAAACAAUAGGGAUCAUAAUAAAUCAUUAGAAACUGAUUCAACCAGUGGUAACACUACUCACACUUGGGAAUCUGUUGUCUCAAUGAUCGAUUUACAAGCAAAACCAAAUCCAGCCAAUAAAGAUACUUCAAGAAUGAGAGAAAUUUUAAUUCGUUUAAAAAAUCAACCAAUUGUUUAA